UGUGUUGUUCUUCAACUGUCUAAUUCAAACUGUCAAAGUUUCUCACCCCAGUACCAAAGUUGAUCACUGUAUUAAAGACUUUUGCUCUGACAUGUCUUCCCACCUCUUUGUGAUCAUUCUGGGGUUGUGCUUCUGCCCCGAGGAGAGCAGUCAGUUAUCCCUGGAGCAUCCAGUAUUUUCUGGCCCCUCAGAGGCUUUGGCUAAACAAGCUGUAGAUUUUCAAUGUGAAAUUCCAAACCCAAAGAAUCAAUCUAUUCUGCUGCAGAUAUUCAAGAGAGGUGAGCAUAACAACCUGUUGGGUGAAUAUACUCUUCUGAAAGGUGAGGAGGUCGCAGUGAUUCCCAAAGUAAUCAAACCUAAUCAUGAAGGCUACCUGGAGUGUGUUGCCAGAGUACAGAACAACUCGGAAAUAAUUCCCACCGUCAGCAACACAUAUUUCUUGAAGGUCAUUGAGCCUGUAAAAGGUGCAGCAAUUGUCGUCUCAGGUCAAACAGAGCUCUACGAGGAACAUAAACUGGAACUACAGUGUAAGCUUCAAAAAGGAAGUCAUGUGACCUACAAGUGGCUGCUCAAUAAUCAGCCCAUCUUUCCCUCUCCUUACCACGUGUUUGCAGAAAACCGUCUUGUGAUUAGUAGAGUUACUUCUAUGGACAAUGGCUCAUAUGUAUGUAAUGCUACCAACAUCUUCAACAACACAGAGGUCUUCAUCUCCGAGAGCCCUGAAGUUGUAAUCAAAAUCAAAGAUUUGGUGUCGACACCGGACAUCUCAUUCACCGUAUUAAAGGACCAUAACCAAAAUUAUUUUGCUACAGUGACGUGCCAAUCAACAAGAGGAACUCUGCCUAUCAGUUUUUCACUCUACAACAACACGGAACUGGUCAGCAAUUUGACAACUGAAGAGAAACAAGCAUCAUUUAAGGUUCCAGUAGUCAUGAACCACCUUGUACAGCUUCAGUGCCAGGCAAACAAUGGAGACAAAACAGCAUACAGUCACUGGUUGCCCUUGGAAGUUGUGCCGGUUGCUGCACCUGUGCUUAUUACAUAUAAGUAUGACAUGGCAGAAAACUAUGCUGUCAUUGGCCUGAGGCUCUACUGUAAGGCAGCAAAAGGAUCUCAUCCACAGUUCCAGUGGUACCACAACAACAUGCCUCUAAAUGACAGAGGAAGCUACUACUAUGUCUACAACCAGCUGCCAAAAGAAUCCAUACUUCUGUUGUCUGUGGGGAGGAGCAGCGCCGGGAAGUACCACUGUGAGGUGUCAGACAGUUUCGACAACACCACUUCCAUAAACAGCACGAGGCGAUAUUUUGAUGAGGAAGUGCUGAACCGCCUCCCUGACAUUGUGGUAGCAGUUGUUUUUGGAUGCUUCGCAGUUCUGAAUCUUCUGGUGUUCUUUUGCUGCCUGAUGGGAGUGAUGUUCAGGCAGAGGAAGUACAAAGAGAAGUCUCUAUUGGGCCACACAGGAUGGGAAGCCUUAAAGUUGAACCUGGAGAUGGAGAUGGUUGCAGCAGAGAAUGAGCUGGACUUGUCAGGCUACAGUGAGGAUCCUGAUGUGGUUGAAACGGCCAAAGAGGAUGAAUUUGAUCAGACAUCUGAGGUCUCUGUGGAUGAAUGGUCCCAAAUUAAGCAGAAGACGCUAAUGGAUGAACCAGUUUCAGCAACUUUUUAAAUCUUCUUGAGCUUCAAUAAACACUUGUUCUCUGUUCUCUUUCUUGUCCUCUCAUUGUGAACGUUUGUUUGAUCAUUUUUUUAAAACUGUGGUGGAGAGGUUGAAUAAUACAGAUCUACAUAAGCAGACGGGCUGAGAAGCGCAGCUCCGCCCCUUGACGCGCAGCUCCUGUCGUUACGGACUGCUUGAUUCGUCCUUAGUGAGAGACAGCGGUGCGAGAGACGGCUGUACCCUUUAGACUUCGUCUCAUUUUGAACCUAGAAAGCUGUCCCGUUAGCUCGGUUUAAAUCAUACGGAAAGCUUUCGGGGAUCAGCUGAAGGGGAGACAUGGAGGAGACAGGAGGCGCAAGUGCGUACGGGGCUGCGCUCGCAGGAGGAGGCUUUGACUUCUACAAGUUCGCCCGACAACCCCAAACUAUUGUGCGGGUGCUCAGUUGGGGGCAUGGACCUUCCUGUGGUUUGUGUGUUUCUGCCUGUUGGCCAGUCAGUGGAGUCGCACUCAUGUUGACGGGAGUAUCCCUGAGGACGCUGCACGUGCCACCAUUGCCUUCUCGUUCUUCUCCAU